AUGGGGAAUACAAUUAAAUGGUUUUUUCAGUUUCCAUUAUUCCAGUUUUUAUCAAGAGAAUUCAGAGAACUAUGUAUUUUAGUAAUUCGUCAGGGACCUGUUCCUACUCAUAUUGCCUUUGUAAUGGAUGGGAAUCGGCGGUGGGCUAGACAUAUGAAUUUAGAGUCAGCAGAUGGACAUAGUAAAGGAUUCGAAAAUAUGAAACAUAUUUUGGAGAUUUGUUAUAAAGUGGGAAUAAAAGUUGUUACCAUUUAUGCAUUUUCUAUUGAAAAUUUUAAAAGGACGAAACAUGAAAUUGAUAUUAUUAUGGAUAUUGGUAAAACACAAUUAACACAAAUAUGUUCUCAUGGAGAUAUGGUAGAUGAAUAUGGGAUUCAGCUGAAUGUUCUUGGACAAAAAUCACUUUUAAAGCCGGAUUUUCUUGAACUUAUAGAAAAAGCAACUAAUAUGACAAAAUCAAAUACAAGGCAUAUUUAG